GGUUGAACAAAAUUGAUUUCUAUAUAUUUUAUUGAACAUAUAUUUUAAAUGCAUUUUUUUAGUAAUAUGAAUGUAAUCGUGUGUGUGGUGUUGCUCAGUGUUUCUAUAAACACAGUAAAAGGAAUUUAUCGUAUACCAAUAAAUCCACGUUUCCGUGCACACUCGGAUGAAAGUGAUAAUACAGAAAGUGAACUGAGGAUUGAUACUGACAAUGACAAUCCUCAAAUAGAAAGAGAACUAAAUCCAAUAAAUAUAAACGAUACUAAAAAAGACGAUGUCGAUAUGAGAACGGAAACCUCGCCGGAUUUAAAAUUUACUGAUUUUGUCUUAGAAGCUGCCAAAGUAUUAAAAACUUAUGAUAACAACGUUCUUGAGCAAGCAUUUGCGAUAUUAGAUGAUGAAUUAUGGAAAGAUGUGUAUAAAGGGUGUAAGUCUUACGAGUUAGCUGAUAUCAAAAAAUACGCAUCUGAUAAAUUAGGACUACUUAAAGAUGCACCUGCUGAAACGCUUCGUCAGCAUUUAGAUGAUAUAAUAGAUGUAUUCACAAAUGAAGAUUAUGGGGAGAUACAGGACUUGGUUGAUUAUGUCAAUUCCUUGUUUGUUGGAGAAAGUGACAAAUUCGUUGAAGUUUUACUGGCUUUGGUUCAUAGAAGGAUAUCAGACGACGUAAAUUUAGCAGACAUAUUAAAGGGCGCAUUAGAGUACUUUUUGUUUGACCAUUAUUGUAACCUUGAUGAUAUCGUUAGACAUGAGUUGAUGAAAAUGAUUAAACAUUAUUGGAGACAAUUUAUCUCUCAAGUAGUUAAGGGUAAAAAUGGCUCCAAUAAAGAAACAGUACCAUUCGUAACGCCGUUUAUUUAUGAAAAGGAUAAUGAACAACUUCAUAAGAAAAGGAGAUUCAAUAAAGUAAAUGCAGGACGACCACUAGCAUUGCGUUUUAGCGAUAAAAGCGAGCCUGGUGAGAAUGUACUUUUUGGUGAAAAUGAGAAUAACAUGAGAGCUAAUUCAAAAGAAAUAUCUGAUGAGAGCUCGAAUUCAACUGAGUCUAAGGGCGAUAAAGAGGCCGCGUGGGACAAAAGUAUCUAUGUGAGGUCAAAUGAUAGCACAGAAGACCAUACAGUAAGCAAAAGUCCUACAACCGAUAAAAAGAUUAAAAACAGACAUCGAGGUAGCCAUAGUACUAUAGCUGAUACUGAUAAUAUACAAAGUCUUCCAUUGAAAUCUAAACCAACAUCUGUUAUGAGACAGUCUAAUAAAAGUAACACUAUAGAGAGAUUAAUAAAUAUUGGAAACCUCGCCAAGGAAAUUAAUAAUAUGAUUGGGCCAGAGGGCAAGAAUUUGCGGAAUGGGGAGUACUUAAUGAACUGGGACUCUGUUUUCGGUAUGGACUUUUCAGGAUUGAUGAUUGGUGAUGAGCCUUCGAAUACUGAAGUAAUAAAGAAAGAAGAAGGGGGUAACAAUAAAGGUGUAAUUAUAACAAUGAAAGCUAAUUACCAAGAAUGAA